GGGCGAGAUGGAGGCUGCUUUGAAUGUCGGAGAAGCGAGGAGCCGGCCGAGGUGGACGUAGGCUCGCAGGGCAGGGGACGGCGGGAGCGCUGUCCUCGCUGCGCUCCCGCUCGGCGGCUCCUCACAGCCCCAGCCCUGCCCCAACCCCAGCGCUCGCUGCUGGCAGCAGUAACUGCUGGAGGAGGCGGCGCGGGGCUGAGAGCCGCUGGACCGGGUCGGGGCUGAGGAAGCGGUGUCACUGAGAGCUGGCUGCCUCCCAGAGAGAGGGGCCGCCAGAAGUUCCCUUCCUUGUCUUGGCGCACAGCCUGUCACAGCCGGAGGUUUCCUUUCCCGCUGCUCCGCAAAGUUACCCCUUCUGCGAAGGGGCUGUUUCACUCCGUAGGCAGUAUUAAGGAAGAUGUGUGUAGUGAGGAGCCGCGCGUGUGAAAGAGCGACUUCCCACUGCAGCGCUUGGUGCUAAGGAAACUUUUAAUUUUGUGCUUCAAGAAACCUGAUUGCUUCUUGGAUUACUUUCCUACCUUGGUCUGGAAGAUAACCUGAGGAAAAUGGAAACAGAUGAGGCUCAAGAUAUGUCCCAGGUUUCAGGAAAGGAAAGUCCUCCAAUUAGUGAUGUCCCAGAUGAUGCAGAUGAACCUAUGCCUGUACCAGAGGACCUUUCUACUACUACCGGAGGACAGCAGAGUGUUAAGAAUGAGAGAGUCUUGGCUGGUAAUAUUAAAAUAGAGACUCAGAGUGAUGAAGAGAAUGGGCGUGCCUGUGAAAUGAAUGGGGAAGAAUGUGCGGAGGAUUUACGAAUGCUUGAUGCCUCUGGAGACAAAAUGAAUGGCUCACACAAUGGCCCAGGCAGCAAGGCUAUGUCAGGAGUUGGAGGCAUUCGACUUCCUAAUGGAAAGCUAAAAUGUGAUAUCUGUGGGAUAAUUUGCAUCGGUCCCAAUGUGCUCAUGGUUCACAAACGAAGCCAUACUGGAGAACGGCCCUUCCAGUGCAAUCAGUGCGGAGCCUCCUUUACGCAGAAGGGCAACCUCCUGCGCCACAUCAAGUUGCACUCGGGUGAAAAGCCCUUCAAAUGCCACCUCUGUAACUACGCCUGCCGGCGCAGGGAUGCCCUCACAGGCCACCUGCGGACUCACUCGGUUGGCAAACCCCAUAAGUGUGGAUACUGUGGUCGCAGCUAUAAGCAGCGCAGCUCUUUGGAAGAACAUAAAGAACGCUGUCAUAACUACCUGCAAACCAUGAGUAUCUCAAGCAAUCUUUAUUCAGUCAUAAAAGAGGAAACUAACCAGAGUGAAAUGGCUGAAGACCUGUGCAAGAUAGGGUCAGAAAGAUCCCUCGUGCUGGAUAGACUAGCAAGUAACGUCGCCAAACGUAAGAGCUCUAUGCCUCAGAAAUUUGUUGGAGACAGAGAAAACUGAAGUCUUUGAAAAAAAUACGGUGAGAAGUGUCUAUCUGAUCUUCCAUAUGAUGCCACCACCAACUAUGAGAAGGAGAACGAGAUAAUGCAGACCCAUGUCAUAGACCAGGCCAUUAACAAUGCCAUCAGUUACCUGGGGGCAGAGUCCUUGCGUCCCCUCGUCCAGACUCCACCGGUUGGUUCUGAAGUGGUGCCCGUCAUCAGCCCCAUGUAUCAGCUCCACAAACCUCUCGGGGACAAUCAGACUCGCUCCAACCAUACGGCUCAGGACAGCGCAGUGGAAAACUUGUUGCUGCUCUCCAAAGCUAAAUCAGUCUCCUCUGAACGGGAUGCCUCUCCCAGCAACAGCUGCCAAGACUCAACAGAUACGGAGAGCAAUAAUGAGGAACGCAGUGGUUUAAUUUACUUAACAAACCACAUAGGUCCACAUGCAAGAAAUGGCAUAUCUGUAAAAGAAGAAAGCAGGCAGUUUGAUGUAUUGAGGGCAGGUACUGACAAUUCCCAGGAUGCUUUCAAAGUGAUCAGCAGCAAUGGGGAGCAAGUGAGAGUUUACAAGUGCGAACACUGUCGAGUCCUUUUCUUGGAUCAUGUGAUGUACACAAUCCACAUGGGCUGCCAUGGGUUCCGCGACCCUUUUGAAUGCAACAUGUGUGGCUACCACAGCCAGGACAGGUAUGAAUUUUCUUCCCACAUAACUCGAGGGGAGCACCGUUUCCACAUGAGUUAAAACUCCUCGGGCACAGAUCCAGCCUCAACAGCUACGUUACUGGAGCUGCACAAGCAACAACAGCAACAAAGCACAAGACUAGUGGACAGUGAAAGUACAAGAAAAUCAAAAAUUCAGAUAUAUUCUCCCACGAGAAAAGAUUUUUCUUUUGGUAGCAUGUGUUGCAACUCAGUUUUCUAAAGUGAAUAUUAAAGUUUUUACUGAAAGCAUUUGAUCACGAAAACCUUUAGUAAUGUAUGUAGGAGCUUUUGUAGUCAGAUAGCUGAAAGUCCUUUCCUUAACUGAUGCUUCUUGCAACCCUCCCUUGCCAAAACUGCUACCCACGCACAGAAUGCACAACAUGGAUGUGAACAUGAGACAGGAAUGGCCUAGCUUUCUCUCUUAACAGCCUGAUCACAGGGUUCGUACACUAGAUGCAUUUUUUUGACUUCCUGGUUUUAUUUGACUCAUACGGAAAGAUUAAACUCAACUAAAGAUUGAGGGACCCAGCCAUCCCAGUUGACUUUGCAGACAGCUGGGGUGGGACUGGAACCCAACCAGAGGGUCCAGGGUUACUUUGGUAGUGAAAGGUAGAACAUUUCCACCUGCAAGGGUGCUAUUGGAAUUGACAUCAUGGCAUGCCUUGUUUGUGUCACUAGGCACACGAGCAGGUAUGUGGAAGAUAAGAGAAACAAACACCCUUGUAAUAUACUCUGUGAAGUAUGAAUUGCAUUUAAUGUAUAGAAAAGAAUAUUGAUGGCUCUUCCUUAAAUAAAUGUUUUCUCUCCCUAUCCAAUAAAACCCCACUUACUGUUAAGAAACUCCUCUCUGCAGAAACAAGUUACAGUGUAUUUAAUUUUUCUUUUUUGAGUUUUAGUUAUUUAGAAAAACAUAAUGUACAGUUGAGAAAAGCACUAGCUAGAAAUACAUGUGGGGAAAAUUCUCCUUAUGCACAUUUCUCAUUUUUUUAUACUGCCUGGAAAAUACCCAAAUAUCCCUAUAUUUUACCUUUGAGAAAUUCCCAUUCUGCUUCCACAGAUGACGUCUUGCAGAUUUUGUGGCUCUAUUUGCGUUGCACUUAAUUAUUUGUAAAGCACCGAGCUGAAUUAAACCAGCAAGUCAACGUUUGUAGCCUCCUUCCUCUUUCCUGGUAUUUGCUAUUUAAGGAGGGUCCAAUCCCUCAGUGGUAGCCUCUUUGCAUAGGUGCUAAGCACCUUGGCUUCUUGAUCAGCAAGGCAUUCAGAACGCACUUGGAGCUAGUGUUAGGGUUAAAGACAAACACUGGUGUUUUGCUGAAUAGAGAGCAGAGAAUGCAGUACUUUGCAGAGUCCAGGAAAUUCACCACAGCUUUCUCCAUGGUGGAUUCUGCUGCAGAUACUGUAACUUCAGUUAGGAUAAAAACUCCUCCGAGAAAAACUUUUUAACCCCAAACACAGCUGACAUGAAAAAGUAGUUAAAAAAACUGAAGAAGUUCCUCUUCCAAAUAGUUCAUUCCUCUCCAUAAACACCCUCAUAGUAUGAAAUUGAUCUGAUGAAAAUUUUACAGCUGCACAAAAAAACCUCUAAUUGGUGCUGCAAUACUUCCUGGGCAUCAUUCAUAGAAACAACCUACCCAAUUAACUGGAUGUUUAAAUACUUUCCUUCCUUAUAAUAAAUGUAUAUUCUCCAAUUAAAAAAAAAAUAAACCAUGUAGCCAACAAGUCUAGCUGUCUUGUAAUACAGUCACACAUUCUCACAAGUGCAUGCAAGCACGUAUAUGCAUUAUAAAAGAGAUUUAAUGGAACCAUGAACACUUGUACCUAGGCCAAUUUGGCCUGAUAUGCAUAGUUAUAUUUAAUACACAGUUCUAUCAUGGACACCCAGUUCCUUCUUCUGCUUUCACUUUUGCAGGUGUAAGUCAGGAGCAAUACCACAGAAGUUAGAGGAAAAACACUGAUGAAAUAGUGAAUUACAAAUAUAUUCUUUUACACUCUUCAUGUGCUAGGUCUGCACACCAGUGGUAGGACACAUGCACAGUAGCAUUUUUACACUGUGUGUCCAUGCAAGCAUGCAUGUUGAGUAGCUGCAUUACCAGAAGUGAAUGCUGUGUAGGGAUGUCCAUGGGCUGAUGCACACACCUACAAAAGUGAGAACAAACUAUCAGUACAUUUCAAGUAGCAAAAGCACAUACAAAAUGUCCAGCAUCCCCAUUCCAGACAUAAGUAAUAUAACAUACAGGUGCAAAGCUGAGCACUCCCAGUGCCCUGUUUUAGCUCAGUCAUGAGACCUGGCUGCUUGACACCUUCCAGCCCAAGCUGGCUGCAGGCACUAAAGGAUCAUGGGCCAUUUUCAUGCCACAAGUGUGGGUUUUGUCAGCACGUCUGUUACAUGUUCAGUUUCAAGACAACCUACAUGUGGCAAAAAGGUACUACCAUUUAUGUACUUUGUGUAUGGAUGACCUGAAGAAGACCUUCAAGGGAGAAGCUUACAGUGAUGAUGGUUUCAUUUGUUUUUGUUGUCACUGGGUUAUUUCAAUGAAGUUUAAGAGGGCUCAUUUUUCUACAGUUAUUUGGGAUACAUAUUCACCAACUCUUGCCCCUCUCAAUCUUCAGUUGAUCCAGACUAAGAAGGGACAAAGUAAUUUCUUAUCCCCUCUUUGAUGUCGUUUGUGUAGUCCUUCUGCUGUUAGGACUCUUAUGCUAUUUUUCACUGUUCUUAGAUAUAGGCCAUUAUUCACCCCAUGUCAUCAUUUUCUUAACUCUUCAUUUUAAGGCACCCCAAGCUAAAAAAAAGGAGGUGGCAAAAGCUUACUCAGGUGGUUUCAUUUUUUUUUAUUUUUUUUACUAAAAUCCAAUACAAAUAAAGCAACAUUCUUUAACCAUAUAAGCAAGCACAGUUCCAGCUGAAUUCAAAACUUCAUUGGACUUAGCUUUAUUAAACACAAUUUCUGACCAAGCUCACUGCCUUUGCAACAUGUCUGUGUACACAUGUGUGUGUAUGAAUUUCUAUGUUACUUUUCUUCUCAACAGGCACAUGCUCUAUUCAUACUUUUGUGUAUCAUGAAUUUUAUAUACAUAUAUGUGUGUAUGUGUAUAUAUAAAUAUGUCUAAAAUGGUUUGUUCCUAUCACACAGUGACACACUGUCAAUCACAGUGGGUUUCUUUCCUGCGUAUGGAGUUUUCUUAUUUGUACUAUAACAGAACAUGUUGAUGUUGUAUAUUAAACAGUACAGUGGUAUAAGUAAUAUUAAGAUAUGGUGUAUCAGAGGGCGUAGUCAAAAGGCAGGGGCAAACGGCAUUUCCCGUUCAUGAAGGGGAUUUGGGGGGUUAUUCUUUGGAUUGUUUUUGCACAAAUCAUCUUCAAUUCGUUUAGUACCAAAUGUUUCAAUAAUUUCAUUGUACAUGAAAGGAAGGCACGAAAGUAGGAUGCUGUGUACAUACAUCUAAACAAACUGCGCCCUCAGAAAACUACCUUAGUGUAAUCUCCCUUUUUUCUCUGCUUCGCUGUGGUGCAAUAACCUAAUAUGGAUUAACUGAGCCCCAGAAAAAGGGUAAAUAUGGCGAAUGGCUUUAAGUUUCUACCUGUGUGGAAAAAAAAGCAAAAAAGAACCACUUUCCAGCCCUUCCCCAGGCAUUGCCUUUUCCAAUAGAAACAUUGCAUUUACACAGUUUUUUUUUUUUCUUUUUGCUGUGAUUUUAUAUUGUAACUUCGUUUUUUAUUUUGAGAAAACUGUAUUUGAAAAAAUCAUAAAAAAUGUGAAACGUUA